UGUACAUCUAGCUUUAGAAGCAAGCUUGAGAGAGACGCAGCCAAAAGGACCCCCAACUCAGAGACAUAACAAUACGGCGCAAAAGUGAGACAGAUGAGCAUGAAGCUUUGCUUCUUGUUAUUGAUACUUACGGCGCACGCCUACGCUGCAGCGACAUCUCAACAAGAAGAAGAAGAAGCAGCAGCAGCAGCACACAAACACAUAUUUAUAUUAGCAGGACAAAGCAACAUGGCCGGUCGAGGAGGCGUGCUUGACAACAACGCCACCGAUGAGCUGACAUGGAAUGAGUUCGUCCCCAAAGAAUGCCAGCCUAAUCCCUCCAUUCUCCGAUUCUCCGCUAACCUUGCCUGGGUCGAAGCCCGUGAGCCUCUCCAUGCAGACAUCGAUGUCAAAAAGGUAAAUGGGAUUGGACCCGGAAUGCCAUUUGCUCAUGAGCUCCUUGCCAAGGAACCCAAAUACGGAGUCAUUGGCCUUGUGCCUUGUGCCAUUGGUGGGACUACAAUUGACGAGUGGGCCAAAGGGACUCCGCUUUACAACCAGAUGGUGAGGAGGGCUCGAACUUCAUUGGUUGGUGGAGGCAGAAUCAGAGGGUUGCUGUGGAUGCAAGGUGAGAGCGAUACCAAUACUUUACCGGAUGCCGAAGCCUAUAAACCUAAAUUGGAAAAGUUCUUUAAUGACGUCCGCUUUGAUAUGAUGUCUCCUAUGCUUCCAAUUGUCCAGGUGGCCAUUGCAUCAGCAGAAGGACCAUACAUAGAUGUAAUUAGAAAAGCUCAGCUGGGACUUUACCUCCCAAACGUGGUAACUGUCGACCCCAAAAUAUUCGCAGUAAUUCAACCGGACAAGCUGCACCUAACCCCUCAGUCCCAGGUUAAACUUGGGACGAUGAUGGCUGAUGCGUAUAUGAAGUUGGUUGCCAAUUCUACAUCCAAAUUAAGCAAAUCCACUGCUCCUCCAACACUUUCUAAUUUUGCUUUUCAAUUAGCUGUAAUUCCCCUGUUGAGCUUUUCCCUCCUGAUGAUCCUAACCACCAAUUCCUUCACAAGCCCAUCAGUCCAGUAGGUAUUAUUUUUAUGUUUUACCAAUCUCAACAUACAAAUCAAACCUGUCAAGUUUUGUAUGAUGUGGGAACAACGUAGGCCAAUAAACCAACAUUUCAAAAGCUUAAUUGUAGUUAGAAUGUAAAUAUGUUUGUUUGGAUUUCAAUUCAAGAUUAGUUUU